UCAGCAACCUCUCUCUAACUUCAACCUCAUUCAUGACAAGGACGCUAUGGUGUCUGAAGAAAGUAUCCUGUUUGAUAUUUCAGAGGUAAUUCUAUCACACCAGGUCACAACAUGUAUUCUCAUUUUAAUCGCUCUCAGCGCUGUCGUCUGGAACAUUAGAGACUCAUACAGAGUCGACGACUUUGACCAGAAGCAUGUCUUCAUCACUGGCUGCGACAGCGGCUUCGGAAAUUUAGUGGCACGGCAACUUGACCGUAAGGGAUUCAACGUUAUUGCCGCAUGUCUGACGGAAGAAGGCGCAUCGGAACUGAAAGCAGCGUCCUCCCCCAGGCUGAAGACGCUGCUGUUCAAUGUUACCGACAGCGCGAGCAUCAGGAGUGCGGUGGAGUUUGUGCGCGCCGAGGUCGGGGAGAGAGGUCUCUGGGGGUUAGUGAAUAAUGCUGGGCGGUCCAUCCCCAUCGGGCCCACAGAGUGGAUGCAGUUAGAGGACUUCACCAAGGUCCUGGAUGUCAACCUGCUGGGGGUGAUCGAGGUGACCCUGCUGUUCCUCCCCCUGCUGAAGAAGGCCCAGGGCAGGGUGGUCAACGUGGCCAGCAUCCUGGGGAGGCUGGCUCUGAAUGGAGGAGGCUACUGUCUGUCAAAGUGGGGGGUGGAAGCCUUCUCCGACAGCCUCAGGAGGGACAUGCAGCACUUUGGAGUGAAGGUGAGCAUCAUCGAGCCGGGCUUCUUCAAGACUGGGGUGACCAGGCUGGAUCUGAUCGAGGCUGACCUGAAGAGACUGUGGGACAGGCUCCCUCAAGACGUCAAAGACUCUUACGGAGAGAACUACCUUGAUGAAUACGUGAAGGCCCAAGACUUCUCCAUGGGUCUCCUGUGCAGUUCAGACAUCUCCAAGGUGACCAACUGCAUGCAGCAUGCCCUGACGGCGGUCCACCCCCGGACUCGCUACGGCGCGGGCUGGGACGCCAAGCUCCUCUGGAUCCCUCUGUCCUACCUCCCGUCCUUCGUGGCAGACUUCACCGUCAGUGUCCUCCUUCCUGUCCCCAGAGACCACAGGAAGGUCCAGGCUAACCAGGUGGACACAGGAAACUGAUGGAAUCGCUUGUCUUUCGAUCGCAGCCACGUCAGUGAUGUCGAUACGGUAACCGUGAAGUUGUGUUGUUGUAAGUAACCCCAAAUUAGUUACAAGUGAAUGCCACGGAUAUUUGAACAUUUCAUUAAUAAUAUCUAAUUGUAUAACUAUAAUAUAUUGACUUGACAUUAGGUAGGAUGAGAGUCUUGACUUCUUAAGGAUGUAAAAAUGAAAUUCAUGAAUGCAGAGAUCAUAUUACGAAAAAUGAAAUUUAUUAAUUUUCUGAAGCAACAUAAAUCUGACUUCCACUCUAUCUAAAAAAAAUUAUGUGGGCAUGUUUAGAAUGAUCACUGAUACAGUCUUUAUUUGUCCUUUUCAUC